AUACUCACACCCCCCCCCAGUUAUCAAUGAAGCCGCCUGCUUGAGAGCAGGAGCUGCGCGCGCCUGGGAGCCGCGCGUGGCGUCCGCAUCUCACCCCCAGCGGAGCGCGCAGCAUGCAGCCGCGCGGCACCUUUAAAACGCGUAAUUUGCAAGCCAUGGAGAGGACGGACUUGCGCGGUCUCGUGUGUUCACUUGUCGUGUUCUGCCAGCACAAUGCGGGGGGUCACCUCUGGUGCGGGAAACACGCCGUCUCGUCUGUGAUCGCGAGCGGGGAUCUCUAGGGAGACUCCUGCGUGGACGCACACCGACACGGCAGGGCGGGGGGGGGGGACAUGGCUUCGAGCUCCGGCAAGACGGCGCAGCCGAGCGGAGCUUGCAACGGGACCGCCGCCGACUUGCCCAACAUCGAGCAGGAGCUCUACGACUACCAGAUGCACACGAAGAUGUGCAAGAAAAUAGCGCAGCUCACCAAGGUCAUCUACUCCCUGAACAUGAAGUAUGAGGAGCAGGAGACAGCACUGCAGUCCUUGCGUGAGGCCCAUGAAGAGGAGCUGCGCAAGAUGGCUGAGGAGGCUCAGGGAAAGCUGGUGCCCAGCAAGGUUCGACCCGAAGAGGAGCUGGAGCUGCACAGGCGCCUGCAGGCCCUGGAGGACUCGCUGGAGGAGCAGCUGCGGCUCAAGGCGGAGAUCCUGGACAAUUUCGAUUCUUUCCGGCAGCAGGUGGAGCAGAAGGACUUGAGGACGGAGACGGAGCACGCCGAGCGCCUUGCCGCAGUCUCCAGGGAGGCGCUGGACAUGAGGAAGGAGCUGGAGGGCAGGGUCCAGUCCCUUAAUCGGCUCAAGGAGCAGCUGGAGGACGAGAAGGAGCACAUUCUCGCAGAGUUAGAACUGGCCAGGCAGGAGUCCCGAGGCUUGCGGGAGGAGUGUCGGGAGCUCCAGCAGACCAUCCUGGAUGAAAGGGAACACUCGGAGGAGGUGUGCAGAGCCAGGACGUGCACCCUCCAGGAAGAACUGGCGGCGCUGCGAGAGGAGAAGCAGACCGUGGAGGAGCAGUGCCAGAGGACGGUGAGCGAGCUGAAGGAGGCGCAGCAGGAGGAGCAGGAGGCAUUGAGGAGGACCCUACAGCAGUCCCUGUCGGAGAAGCUGGCCCAGUGGCAGCAGAGGGAGCUGGAGCAGAGGAACACACUGCAAGCCGCCCUGCAGCAGAAACUGAAGAAGACAGAGGAGGAACUGGAGAUCAAGGGUCAGAGGCUGAGCGAGAGCAGGAGGCAUGCUCUCAAACUGCAGGAGAGAACAAAGGACAUUGAGGGCCAGCUGGAGGAGGCCCGGCGCCGCGUCUCGGAGGCGGAGGCCAGCACGAGGAAGGCCGAGGAGGAGCUGGCUGUGGCCAAGGAACGUCUGCUUCUGCAGGAGAACGAGCUGCAGUGCAAGUCAGAGGAGCUGAUGAUCCAGUGUUCGUCACAGAGCAAGGCGAACGCCGAGGCCGAGGAGCUGCGGGCGCUGGUGUGCCGCCUGCAGGGCCGCAUCGCCGAUCUGGAGCAGCAGAGCAGUGGGAAGACAAGUGACCACGUGCGGCAGGCAAAGCAGCACGCGGAGGCCCUGGCCGCCCAGAGGCAGGAGCUCCAGAGGGCCCACGCGGAGGAGCUGAGGCGUGUGAGGCAGCAGAUGGACGAAGAGCGAGCGAGGCUGCGGGAGCAGCUGAGGAAGGGCCUCGAGGAGCUGAUGAAGAAGCAAGCCGCCGAGCUGAGGAGCGCACAGGCCUCCGUGGACGUCGAGAGGAAGAAGGCUCAGAAGGAGCUCCAGGUGCAGGCCGAGGAGUUCCGGAGGAGGAGCGAGGAGGAGCGCAGGGAGCUGGAGAGGGAGAAGGAGGUUCUGUGCGCUCGGCUGCAGGAGUCCGUCUGCGAGAUCUCCCGGCUGGAGGCCAUCAUCGAGCAGGGCGCGAGAGCUUCCGAGCCUGCGUCGGAGGUGGCGCCCCCUUGUGGCGAGCGCUGCUCCGGGUUACGAGCGGAUCUGGAGAGGGCGCGGCAGAUCGCCGCGGAGAUAAAGGAAGAGCACGAGCUGCUGAAAGCAAAACACCAGGCCGAGGUGUCGGCGCUCCAGAAGGAGAAGGACGCUGCCGAAGAGAGAAUUCUAAAGCAGGCCGAGAGACACCAGGACGAGAAAAUAAGGGCAGCGUGCGAGAGCCUGAAGAAGGACCUGACGGAGCAGCACCUCCUGGCCGUGAGCCGCCUGGAGAGGGAGAAGGACGAGGAGGCGGAGCAGAUGAGCGAAAGCUGGAGGGAGAAAGUGAAAGAGCUGCGGACGCAGUUAGAGGAGGCCAAGAUCGGCUCGGCUGCCGAAACGAGGGAGCGCGGAGAGCUGCACCUCAGUGACGACAGAGGUGGCCUCAAGUGUCAGGAGAACAUGAAGAUCAGCUACAGCCUGAAGAUGCAGCAGUUGCCCAGUAUCCCGGAGAAAGGACAAGUGGCCGAAGGACAAGAUUUCAAGGAGUUGGAGGAGGCGCUACGGGCCGAGCGUCACGCCCACCAGCUGGCGCUGCGGACCCUCGAAGAGCGGCUGCAGGGGGAGCUACAGGCGGAGCGGCACCGGCAACAGGCACAGCAGAAGCUCCUCUUGGACAGACAGAAAGCUGAGCUGGCGCAGCAGCACGCCGACUGGAGCCGCCAGGUUACGCAGAGGCACAUGCAGCAGAUGGAGGAUCUGCAGGCGGAGCUGCGAACCCACACUGAGCUGGUGGCCCUGCAGCAGGAUUUCAAGCAGCAGAAUCAGGUCCAGGCCUUUGAGAGGCAGCUGGAUGAGUGUCACAGCGAGGUGCUGGACCUGCGGAGGGAGAACAGCGAGCUGAAGGAACAGCUGGCCACCCUUCGCUCCCAGGUGGACAGUAAGACACAGGAGCUGAACCAGCUGCAGGGCACGGAGCAGCACCAAAAGAGGUCCUGGGAGGAGGAGGUAGUGAGCAGGCAACACAUGGAGGUGGAAUGCCUGAAGCGAGAGCACAGAAAGGAGAUCCAGACCAUUGUGUCAGACUUCAGCAGUGCCCAGACGAGGAUGCAAGCACGAAUUGUCGCCUUGGAAACAGAACUAAGGGAAAAAGAUGAGAAGUCAAAGAGGCGAGAAUCCAGGAUCGAGGAUCUGCAUGUAAUUGGAAAACUACAAGAGAAGCUCAAUGAAAGAGAGCAAGUAAUUAAGCGACUUCUUGAGGAGCGUCAACAUCUUCAGCAUAUGACAAGUGACAAUGCCGCUGUGAAAGCCUACGAAAACAGACCUCAACCAGGCAGCCUCACACCAACAAUGAGGAAGAAGAAGCUGGAGGAGAUGCCACCUCGAGUCACCAGUGUUCCAAACCUCAGCUCUUAUGAGAAGAGCUUUCUAGGGCCAGAAGCUGCGGCGGGAGUCCGCUCCCCCCAGGCAAUGAAGUCCCCCAGCUUCGAGCAUGCCAGGAGCAUUUCCCGAACCAGCACGCCCACCGCCCAGGGCCCAGAGCUCCGACAGGGGCCCAGGUACAACAGAUCACCCUCGGAGGAGGUCCAGCAGAACUUUGACAGCUAUACCCAGCCCUCCAGGACAUCUUUUGAACAGAGACACCCUGAACCUAUGACAGAAGCUCAGGAACUCCAGCGGCAAGAGUGGUUCACAAAGUAUUUCUCCUUCUGAAGACAAAUCACCUGCCUUUGAAAAGCAUCCAUUUUAAAACCUUUAAAUAUAUAUAUAUAUAAAAUAUAUAUGCUGGCAAACACUGCUUCCAUUUAUACAGUUUCUGAAUGUUUAAUCAUGCAGUAACAGUCUUGAACUGUGUCAUGCAGUGUGCUCAUUCAAUGUAGAUCCACACUGAACACAUGAAUAAAAAAAAAGUUUUUUUCCUAUGCCUUUGUGC